CGUGUUUACUUUCUCUCUCUCUCUUCAGGCGCGCGCACACACACACUCUGUAGAGCUCUCCUUCGAUCAACCUCCAGCCAAACAAAAGAGAUAAUAGAUUCAGAUAAAGAAACGAGAAAUCAUCUCCUUCUCCCUUCUUCUUCUGCCCUUCGAUCCCUGGGGCUGGGUUUGGGGUGUUGAAAAGCUUGAUCUGGGACUGUGGUGAAACCCUUGGGAGAGGGGAUUUGGGGGAUGGGAAGGCGCGCGGAACCCGUGAGCCGCGCCGGGGGAGUAUUUCGGAGUCAUGAGGAGGAGGAGGAAGAGAAGGGAUUUGCUGAGCAAUGAGGAUCUGUUUAGGGUUUGGAGUUGAUGGAGGAGAUGGCGCCUGCUGUGACCCUGCCGUUAAGGAUUGGCAGCCCUCUCUGUGAUAAUCCGAUGGAGAUCACGAGACUCAAACUGAUGACUGAUACUGCCAGUGUGAUGUCUGAUCCGAUGGCCAUUGAGGAACAGCGGGGAGUUCCGGCGGACGCUGUGGCGGAGGAAGAUGGGACCGGAGAUGAUCUUGAAGUACGGACUUUGCCCGCAAGUGAUGAUGAUGAGGUGCUGUCUAUUGGGCCAGAGCCGGAGACGGAGCUUUCGGCCGGGAGCUCUUGCUCUAUGGUUAGCGAUUGUAGUAGUAUUGCCAGUGCUAUGGAGGACUCGUCGGGCCUGGAUGUUGUUUUUGACUCUGGAACGUUGAGUUCCGCUGAUGUCGUGAAAAAUAUUGGCGCUGUUGGUGAUACCAUUCCUGGGCCGCCGUUGGGAGAUUUGGCAGUUAAUGUGCUGCCUUUGUCUGCUGAGGAUUCUGUUUCCAGAGUGUUGUCAAUUGGUGAGCCAACUGUCCAGGGAAACCAGAACAGUGGGACUGGUGGACGGAGUGUGCUUUUGCGGGAUUAUGUGCCACUGUGGGGAUCCAUUUCAAUCUGCGGGAGAAGACCGGAAAUGGAAGAUGCGGUGGUGGCUGUGCCCCAGUUCUUUGAUAUUCCGAUGACGAUGCUACCUGCUGACCUUGUUGUAGAUGGCAUCAACGCUGAUUUGAUAUCUCUGCCUGGUCAUUUCUUUGGAGUUUAUGAUGGGCAUGGUGGAGCUCAGGUUGCUAACUAUUGCCGAGAGCGUGUACAUCUGGCAUUGGUUGAAGAGUUGAGAAAUAUAAGAGCGAGCACUGGAGGAACCAGCAGGGAUGAUUGGCAGAAACAAUGGGAGAAGGCCUUCAUCAGUUGUUUUCUGAAGGUUGAUGAUGAGGUUGGUGGGAAAGUUAGUAGAGGUGCUUCCGGAGGUACAAGUGAUGUAUCUGGGGAAAUCAGUACCAGUCUGGAUCCUGCUGGUAUAUCAGAACCUGUUGCGCCAGAGACUGUGGGAUCUACUGCUGUGGUUGCUGUUAUUUGUUCAUCUCACAUUGUCAUUGCAAAUUGUGGGGACUCUAGGGCAGUCCUCUGUCGUGGGAAACAGCCUGUAGCUUUAUCUGUCGAUCAUAAACCGAACAGGGAUGACGAGUAUGCUAGAAUUGAAGCUGGGGGAGGCAAGGUUAUUCAGUGGAAUGGAUACCGUGUCUUUGGAGUCCUUGCAAUGUCAAGAUCAAUUGGGGACAGGUAUCUGAAACCAUGGAUCAUUCCUGACCCAGAAGUCACAGUUGUUCAAAGAGCAAGGGAAGACGAAUGUCUAAUUCUAGCUAGUGACGGCUUAUGGGAUGUCAUGUCCAAUGAGGAAGCAUGUGAUGCAGCCCGCAGACGGAUUCUGCUCUGGCACAAGAAGAAUGGUGCCACUGCCACACCAUGUCUCAUCCAAAGAGGCGAGGAAGCUGAUCCUGCUGCUCAAGCAGCUGCUGACUACCUUUCCAAACUUGCCAUCCAGAAGGGAAGCAAGGAUAACAUCUCGGUCAUCGUAGUGGACUUGAAAGCCCAGAGGAAGUUCAAGAGUAAAGCUUGACAUGCUGGGCAUUGUAAAGUUGAGCUAUUGCAGGCAUAACUGGUGGGGAAAUGAAGAUGCAAUGCUGGGGAUUGUUAGAGCUUCUCCACACAAGUUCCAAGGCUCUUUGAGGUAUUAUUUUGAGUUCAUUCUACCCUCAUGCUUCUCUUACCUGUUUAACUCUAUAAUAACUUGGAUGAUCAAAUGCCGGAGGGAUUCAUACAGUAAUUGAGUUCUAUUUCUCUAUUUUUCUGUAUCGAAGUCACUGGCUCUCAUGUAUAUAUUUUUUCUGUAAACCAUCUGAAGGGAAUUUUAUGUUGUUUGUAUACUUGUUUCUUUGUAUGGAGAAAGAAACCUUCAAUGUAUGUUAAUAUGUUUCCUUUGAUUGGUAAA